AUGGCGCACUCUAUGGAACAACCAAUCUUCAGCACCCGAGCUCAUGUCUUCCACAUUGACCCAAACACUAAGAAGAACUGGGUUCCUACCAGCAAGCAUGCUGUUACUGUGUCCUACUUUUAUGACAGCACAAGAAAUGUCUACCGGAUAAUCAGUUUGGAUGGCUCAAAGGCAAUAAUAAAUAGCACUAUCACCCCCAACAUGACAUUUACUAAAACAUCCCAGAAGUUUGGCCAAUGGGCAGACAGCAGGGCAAAUACAGUCUAUGGCUUGGGAUUUUCAUCUGAACAUCACCUUUCAAAAUUUGCAGAAAAAUUUCAGGAAUUCAAAGAAGCUGCACGACUAGCAAAGGAAAAAUCCCAAGAAAAGAUGGAGCUAACAAGUACACCCUCUCAAGAAUUAGCUGGAGGGGAUAUUCAGUCUCCUUUAACACCAGAAAGUAUUAAUGGGACAGAUGAUGAGAGAGUGAUGCCGGAAGUGACGCAGAACUCAGAACCAAGGGCUGAACCAACCCAGAACGCAUUGCCAUUUACCCAUAGUUCGACAAUCAGCAAGCAUUGGGAGGCAGAACUGGCCACACUCAAGGGUAAUAAUGCUAAGCUCACGGCAGCUCUGCUGGAGUCCACUGCCAAUGUAAAACAAUGGAAGCAACAGCUUGCUGCAUAUCAGGAAGAAGCAGAACGUCUUCAUAAGCGGGUGACUGAGCUGGAGUGUGUAAGCAGUCAAGCCAAUGCAGUCCACACACAUAAAACAGAAUUAAACCAGACAAUACAGGAGUUAGAGUCUAUGCUGAAGAAAAAAGAAGAGGAAAUAGAAAGAUUGAAACAAGAAACCAACAGUGCCAGAGAGCUCCAGGCACAGAGGGAUUUUCUGACCCAGAAGUUAAAGGAAGUAGAAAUUCGAAUCAAAGACCUGGAAGGCCAGCUGUCUGAUCUAGAGCAACGUCUGGAGAAAAGUCAGAAUGAGCAAGAAGCUAUUCGCAAUAACUUGAAGACGCUUUUAGAAAUUCUUGAUGGAAAAAUAUUUGAACUAACAGAGUUACGAGAUACCAUGGCCAAGCUAAUAGAAUGCAGCUAA